UUUAAACCAAAAAAAAAUGAUGGCAGGGUCAGGUUACGGUGGUGCCACUGAGCCAACCUCAAAGAGCUUAGCCGCUCAGAUCCUAACAGGACCAUGGCUCAUGGUUUUUGGCUCACUUUUGAUCAUGUCAGCUGCUGGUGCAGCCUACAUGUUUGGCUUAUACUCUGGCGACAUUAAAGAAUCGCUUGGCUAUGACCAAACCACUCUCAAUUUGCUCAGUUUCUUCAAGGACUUGGGCAACAACGUCGGGGUCCUAUCGGGGCUCAUAGCUGAGGUCACACCGCCGUGGUUCGUGCUAUCAGUCGGUGCGGUCCUCAACUUCUUCGGGUACUUCAUGAUUUGGUUGGCCGUCACCAAAAGGAUCGCCACACCACAAGUGUGGCAUAUGUGUUUGUACAUAUGUAUCGGUGCCAAUUCACAAUCUUUCGCCAACACCGGCUCUAUCGUCGUCUGCGUCAAGAAUUUCCCAGAGAGCCGAGGCGUCGUGCUGGGGCUUCUCAAGGGUUAUGUUGGCUUGAGUGGUGCGAUCAUAACUCAGUUGUACCAUGCUUUGUACGGUGAUAAUACGAAGGCCUUGAUCCUAUUUAUCGGUUGGCUUCCGGCUGCUAUAUCGCUUUGUUUUGUGAGAACGAUUCGGGUCAUGAAAGUGGCUCGCCAGGCGAAUGAGCUUAAAGUUUUCUAUAAAUUUCUUUAUAUCUCCCUUGCUCUUGCUUCUUUCUUGAUUGUUAUUAUCAUUGUGGAGAAGAGAUUUUUGUUCACUCAACCUAAAUAUGGUGGCAGUGCUGCCAUUGUUCUUUUCUUGCUGUUUUUACCACUUGGUGUUGUGAUUACUGAAGAAUACAAGCUUUGGGAUGCCAGAAUUAAGGCCUUAAAUUAUCCCAAUUCUGCAUUGAAAAUCGUCACGGAGAAGCCGCAUUCCGAAGAGUCCAAGGACAAUAUCCCCGAAACUCCCUCAGAGUCGAGCACCGCAGCUAUGUUGGCCUCAAACAAUUCAAGAAGUAGCGAUCAAACCGAUGUUUCAUGCUGGAAAACGGCAUUCAAGGCACCAAACAGAGGAGAAGACUACACAAUUUUGCAGGCACUUUUCAGCCUAGACAUGUUAAUCCUUUUCUUAGCCACGACUUGUGGGGUCGGUGGCACUUUAACUGCGAUCGACAAUCUCGGGCAAAUUGGAAGCUCCUUGGGGUACCCUAAAAGAAGCAUAAGCACAUUCGUUUCCCUCGUGAGCAUAUGGAAUUACCUUGGCAGAGUUGCAUCAGGUUUUGUCUCAGAAAUCUUCUUGACCAAAUACAAGUUCCCCAGGCCUCUAAUGCUCACCUUGAUUAUGCUCUUCGCAUGUGUCGGCCACCUUUUGAUUGCCUUCGAUGUCCCCGGUGGCCUCUAUGUUGCAUCGGUCAUCAUUGGUUUCUGCUUUGGGGCACAAUGGCCUUUACUUUUCGCCAUUAUCUCUGAACUCUUUGGACUCAAAUACUAUUCGACGCUGUACAAUUUAGGGUCGGUUGCGAGCCCCAUCGGCGCCUACAUACUCAACGUGAAAGUGGCCGGAAACUUGUACGAUAGAGAGGCUAAGAAGCAAAUGGCAGCUUUAGGUAUUGUGAGGAGAGCCGGUGAAGAUCUGGAUUGCAAAGGGGUUGAGUGUUUCAAAUUGUCUUUCAUUAUAAUAACAGCUACUACCUUGUUUGGCACGAUUGUGUCAUUUCUUUUGUCACUCAGGACUAGGAAAUUUUAUAAGAGUGACAUUUACAAGAAGUUCCGGGACGACGUGAAGGCAGCGGAUAAGGAAAUGGCGGUGACUGGAGACUGAAUUUGAAAGACGGAGAUGAAGUCUUCUGGUAACGGCAUCCACCGAC